GGCAAACAGUAUUUCGUAUCGUGGUAAUUACACGGAUGUCCGCAACAAUCAAGAAAUGCAUCCGUAUUUGAAUUCCAAAGACGGAGAAGAAGAAAGACUCUUAUUCGCUGAAGCAAGUAAUCAUCUUCAGAACACACCCAGAGAGUUUUCCUGGGACGAUGAUGAUUACAGAGGUUUUUCUCUAUUUGGCCUCGUUGAAUCCAUGCUGUCCGUCGUAGCAAGCGGACUUAGCACAGUCGUGAGCAGUAUUGUUGGUACUGAGAAAAAGGAUUCACGGUCAGGUACCAGAAGAAUAAAUUAUAAAAAUUAUCAUUUAAUCAGGGCAUUUCCUAACACGGAAUAUCAAGCCACAGAUUUGCGUGAUUUAAGAGACGCUGAGCCUGAAGAUAUUAAAUUUUGGUCCUUUCCAAAUCCUAAUAGAACUUCCGACAUGAUUGUGGCACCAGAUCUCGUAAAUGACGUUAAGGAUUAUUUGAGGGAUAAGAAGAUUAAUUUUAAAGUAUUAAUAUCAGAUAUUCAGAAGACGAUCUCUUAUCAAAAUCCGAAGAUGUCUAAAGAACAACGUGAAGACUUGGUCACCAUCCAAGGCCACACAAUGACUUGGAAACGUUAUCACCGAUAUGGAGAUAUCGUACGUUAUUUAGAACAUCUAGCCUUCAGAUAUCCUGCAAUAGUAGAAUUAAUAACUAUCGGACAUAGUUACGAGGGCCAACCGAUAAAGAUGGCGAAGGUUUCGACUGGAUUAAACAAAGAAGGCGAAAAAAAACCUGCUAUUUGGAUUGAUGCCGGCAUGCAUGGACGAGAAUGGAUUGGUACCGCAGUAGCGACCUACAUAUUGAGUCAGUUAGUAGAGAAGAACUCGAGCUACACAAAAUUGUUGAAUAACUCGGAUUGGAUGAUUCUGCCGGUUGUUAAUCCCGAUGGUUACGAAUAUAGCCAUGUCAGCGAUCGCUUUUGGCGGAAAACCAGAAGCAAUCAUGUGGAAAGUCAAAACGAUAGUAGAUAUACACCAUCCAAUUUAUUACAAUUCGUAACGCACUAUACUAGAUGGUUCUGGACUACAUGCGAAGGAGUCGAUCCGAAUCGAAAUUUUGCAUACCACUGGGGCGAAGAUAAAGAAGGAGGUGCCAGUUCAGAUCCUUGUCACGAAACAUAUUCCGGGCCUUUCGCCUUUUCCGAACCUGAAACGAAGGCUAUGGCAGAUUAUAUUUUGGCAAACAAACAACAUAUUCGAAUGUACUUGACUUUGCAUUCUUAUUCUCAAAUGUGGCUCGUACCAUGGGGUUACACACGUUCGAAACCGUCGGAUUAUUCCGAUUUAAUGAACAUAGCGAGAAAGGCAAUUAACGCUAUUUCGAAAGUUCACGGCACUAAUUAUCAACUUGGACCAGCAACAGAACUAAUGUAUCUGACUUCUGGAGCGUCCGACGAUUGGGCUAAAGCAUGUCUGGCCGUCCCUUUUGGCCUGAAACCCAGAAUCACAGAUGGUGAGAAUGCCACACCAGAAGAAUUCCCUUAUCAGGUCUCUCUUCAAUGGGGUUUGCCACCCUUAUUCCGUUUUAGACACAUCUGUGGUGGUUCGAUUGUACACGAGAGUUUUAUUUUAACUGCGGGACAUUGCAUCAUGGAAUAUGGCAAACUUAAAGUCAUCGUUGGCAAGCAUUAUCUUUAUGAAGAUGAGGAAACUCAGCAAGAAGUUGAUGUUGCUAAGAUUUAUGUGCACAAAAAUUAUUCAGGAGGUGUUGCACCAUACGACAUCGCUCUUUUGAAACUUAAAACUCCUCUCACUUUUAACAAGUGGGUAUCCGCUGUCAAAUUACCUGAACAUGACGAGGUACAAGUUGGAAGUGCUGUGCUGUCUGGAUGGGGCUCAGUUUCCAAGACAUGGAUUCCAAGACAUCCUAAUGUUCUCCAAAAAGUUACUGUUCCAUUAUUGGACAGUAAAUCUUGUCAAGAUGAGUUUUCCAAAAACCGUAGAGCAAAGCAACUUUACGAUUCACAAAUCUGCACUGCUGCUGUUGAUGAAGUAUCCGCUUGUUCUGGUGACUCUGGCGGUCCAUUGGUUCAAUUUGAAAACAACGUUCCCACUCUAGUUGGAAUUACUUCAUGGGGAAUCUACCCGUGCGGUACCAGUCACAUGCCUUCGGUCUACACCCACGUAGCUUCUUACAUUACUUGGAUCAAAACGAUAAUAUGGGGUGUUAGUAAUAAAUGCGUUGUUUGUAAUAAUUAACAUUCAUAAUAUUAUUAAUACAUAAUCACGUUCAUUUCAGUCAUUUCUUACUAAUUAAUAUAC